CAACGGCUCCUGGCAUCUAUAAGGCACCCCUCCUUGGCCAAUGCUGAGCAUCUUUCUUGCUACAUAUCUAGCUACUUGAAUCACAUAACUAGCAGCAGCUCGAUCUCUGGACUGCUGGUAGGGCAGCUCCAGGAUGGCGGAUGCCAUCCCGCUGUUGGGGAAUCUCCAAGAGGUGGUGGUGAGCGAGGCGAAGGCUUUAGUGGCGGUGAAGGACGACAUCCGUGGCCUCCAGUACCGGCUCAUGUGGUUGCAGGCCUUCUUGCGGCAUGCCAAUCGGCGGCGACGCGACACCUCCGACGAGCUCCUCAGGGAAUUGCUCAAGCAGACCCGUGAUGUGGCCUUCGACGCCGAGGACGCCAUUGACGAUUACUACCUCAAGGUCGACCUUUCUAGGUCUGCAAGUUGGAGCCAGUCCAUUGUUCGGUUUUUCUCUGGAUUCACUGAGCAAGUAAGCAUGCGACACAAUCUGUCAACAAAGAUCGCAGAGAUCAACUUAAGGCUUGAAGAUAUCUUUAACAAUAAGGAGAGAUACAAGAUUGAAGCUGCACCAAAUGACUUUCCAUGGAAACCUUCUACGAACAUCUCCGAGGCAAAAAAAAUGGAUGAUGUCCAACUAUCUCCGAUCAAACAGGAGCAGCUGGAGAAGAAGCUUGAAGACGCAGUUUUCUGUAACAGUAAGAAACGACUUGUUAUAUGUGUGACUGGGGAAGGUGGUGUGGGCAAGGCAACACUAGUCAGAGAACUAUAUGAAAAGCCAACAACCAAGUCAAAGCAGUUUGAACAAGCUUGGGUAAGCUUCCCACCCUAUUUAAGUUCUUCAAGCAUCCUACGGUUAAUCCUUAUGGAAUUGGAGGAAACAGAUGUUUGGUGUCCACGAGCAUACGCAGAAGACAAAUUGAGGAAAAUAUUGGGUUUGAACCGGUUCUUGUUGGUCAUAGAUGGAGAGGUUAGCAAUAGUGAUUGGAAUGACAUCCUUGAUGUGUUACCAGAAGCUUACAACGGUAGUAGGAUUAUUCGUAUCAUGCAAGGUAUCCAUAAGAGGCCACCUGGUAUCGAUGAAUGGAUUGAGCUGGAAUGUUUUAAUAAAGAAAGAACCAGUAGCCUAUUCAAACAAACGGUAUGCAUGGAAGAAGAAAUUGAGGAUGAGCUAAAGGACUUUGAUGUUGUCCUGCAUGGUAUAACCAAAGGCCUUCCUCUUGCCAUUGUUCUUCUGUCUGGCUUUAUACAAACAAAGGAGUAUCCAAAUGAGUGGAAAGCAGUGCUUGAACACCUCGAGUCCAAGAAAUCAAAAAGGCUUGACAGGAUGCUUGCCAUGUGUUUUGACGAUCUCCCACAUGACCUAAAAUCAUGCUUCCUCUACUUUGCUGCAUUGCCUAUGAACACACCCAUUGAGGCUCGUAAAUUGGUAUGUAUGUGGAUGGCAGAGGGGUUUCUCAAACCAAAAGAUGGGAGAACAAUGGAGAAAGUUGGAAGAAUCUAUUUGAAGGAGUUGAUUAUGAGGCAUCUAGUUAAGUUAGUGAAGACGGACAAUGCCGGUGGUGGUGUUGAAUUUGUGGCUGUCCACCAUAAGGUCCAUGCAUUUUUACAGCACGAAGCACAAGAGGCUAACUUUGUGGAUAUUCAUAAUGGUGACGAUAUCCCUUCUUUAGCAACUACUCGUCGCCUCUCUCUACAAAAUUGUACAGAUAAAUAUGCUGCUGAGUUCAGCUCUUUGCCAAAACUACGAUCCAUCUUGUCCAAUUUCCAGCUGGGAGAUGUCGAAGAUGAAGAUGAAGAUGACGAGGAAAGUGAUGAAGAUGACGAGGAAGAUUCAGAAGAGGAAGGAGACAUGGAGGCAGGGCAAAAGGUGGAAGGUGAUGGGGAUGGAGAGGUAGAGGAAGAGGGAGAAGAAGAUGAAAAUAAUGAGAUUGUGUUAUGUGCAGACAAUGAAAACAACAGGGAAGAAGUUGAGGUAUUGCCAUUAUCAAACUUGCUUCAGUGUUGGGUGACAACAAUAUCAGGCUUGCUUCGUUUUUUUGAGGAAUCAUCAGGCUUGCUUCGUUGUUGUGGGAUACAGGACAACCCUCAAGAGAGAACCAAUUUAUACAUAAAAGAAAUAUUGCAAGUAUCCAAGUUUCUUCGUGUCAUUAAUCUAAAAGGCAGCGAGAUCGGUGAGAGCCUGCCGGCAACGAUUGGGAAUGUGGCACACCUGCAGUACCUCGGUGUCACUGCUUGUUCCUUGAGAUAUAUCCCGUCGACAAUUGGAAACCUUAAACAUCUUCAGACAUUGGAUGUUCGAAACACAUAUGUUUACAAACUUCCAGACGCAUUUUGGAGUAUAACGACACUACGGCAUGUAUUUGGUGACGGCCUUUUCUUGCCUAAGCAGGUGGGUGACUUGAAACACCUGCAGACACUUGAAAGCAUAGAUCCUGACUUGGAUAAUGGUUGGGACAGCAAUACUUUUCAGAAAAUGGUUCACCUUCAGUCCCUUCAUGUUUGGGAUUCUGAUUACAAUGGUGUUAAUGCACAGGCUCUAUCUGCUCUUAUUGAUAAAGCUAUUCUCUUGGAACACCUAGACACCCUAACUCUUGAAGUUAGUAACAUCCCACUGGGUGUGUUCACCAGGUCUUCCCUGAGGCGUCUUCGUACAUUAGUAUUAGAAGGCAAGUUGAACAUGGAGAGACUGAAGGUGUCACAGCAAAGAUUUUAUUUCCCCAACCUUAGCUUCCUAUCAUUGGCAAAGACAGAGGUGUCACAGGACUUCAUCAACAAGCUUGGGAAGCUGCCUUCACUCACGACUCUAAUAUUGGAUGAAGACUCCUACAGUGAUGAUCAAAAUCAGCUUAUAUUCCUUUAUGGUGGAUUUAGAAGUCUUACAAAGCUGGUACUUUCUGACGUGUCAAUUUUGAAACUCGAGAUAAAGAAAUAUGCACUUCCAGAACUCACAGAUUUGGUGAUUGUGUGGUACCCUGAAGACAUCGAAAUUAAGGUACAUGGUGAGCGUGAGUUUGUGAAAAAAAUUGAAGAAAAGGAUGAAUACCUUUAUGGUUGUAUCACCCAAGUUCCAAUUGCUCCAAAGAAAAUCGGUCAGCGUCCAGCAUGAAGCAACGCGUGGCUAGCUAAAGAUCACAGGUAAACUAAGACACCAAUAUAUAGUGCUACUUGCUGUUGUUUAGAUUUGCCUGUUUUGUGAAAAUCAUGAGCUCUGUCAUGAGUUUAUUAGUGUGGAUGUGGUGGCAGAUUCACAAGCCUACAUAAUAAUUGCAUGUAUGUUAUGUAUAUAUAUUAUGGAACCUGCAAAAAACAUCUGCACGUACGUGUAUUAUGGUGUGUACUCCUAAUAAAUUGUAAAAUAAGUGAAAGAAAAAACUUGUGGACCAUGGAGGAACAAUUAUUGAAUGCUGAAGGAUGUUUU